AUGCGCACAUCUCGUGAUCUCCACCUUCUAUAUGCGGCCGGUUAUACCCAAUGGGAAGGAGAUGCCGACCUUUCCGCUGCAUUGUCCCGUCCGUCCAGACUCCGGUUGUAUGAUGCGAAACGUUUCACGCUCCGCGACCGAGCGGAUGCGAGACAGCGAGCAGGCGAGCAGGACGCGCAGAACGAGCUUCAGCCUCCGUCCCGAUACUUCUUCCCGCGGAAACAUUCUGAGCUUGCGGCGGAUGCAAUAUAA